CCUUUUCUGAAUUAUUUAUAGACCGAUGCCAGCUGUUUUCAAUUCCUCUCGUGUGCACUCUGUGGGAAAUGCGGGGUUUCCUUCCCCUUUCCCUUAAAACAAAUUGAUCUCUUUUUCGGAAUGCAUUUUUUUCACCCUCCGGGGGACACUGGAAUCAAACCCUGACUGCUUCUUUUUCCCCCUUAGGAAGGGGACGCUUUGGGAAUGACCAUGCUCCACGGAGACCGGGAAGCGGCCCCCAGGUUCUCCCUACAGAGCCUCCUCCACUAAAGCCUCCAAAAAGCAAAACCUGUAAUUUCCAGAAGAAUCACUUAAAAAAUAUUGCAGCCACUAACCUCACAUACCAACGGAAUAAUUACUAUGGAUUCUGCAUUGUGAGCUGCUCUCCAUACCCUGAAAUUUCUUUAUAUUAAAUCUGUUUUUCUUUGAAUUUGCAUCUCUUCAAGACCCAAGAUUAAAACAAAAUUCACGCUAAAUUGGAUUUUAGAUGAUCUUCCUUUCAUUUAUCCAUCGUCUUUCUUAUGUGGAUAUGCAAGCGAGAAGAGAAGCCUGGACAUCCCCAACAUGCUCACUCCCUUAAUCUGUCCGUCUAGAGGUUUGGCUUCUACAAACCAAGGGAGUCGAAGAGUUGAAGAUGAAGCCCAGAGCAGAGUGCUGUUCUCCCAAGUUCUGGUUGGUGUUAGCUGUCCUGGCUGUGUCAGGCAGCAGAGCUCGCUCCCAGAAGAGCCCCCCCAGCAUCGGCGUUGCCGUCAUCCUUGUGGGCACUUCAGACGAGGUGGCCAUCAAGGAUGCCCACGAGAAAGAUGAUUUCCACCAUCUCUCCGUGGUUCCCCGUGUGGAACUGGUAGCCAUGAACGAGACUGACCCGAAGAGCAUCAUCACCCGCAUCUGUGAUCUCAUGUCUGAUCGGAAGAUCCAGGGGGUGGUGUUUGCUGACGACACUGACCAAGAAGCCAUCGCCCAGAUCCUUGAUUUCAUUUCGGCCCAGACUCUCACCCCCAUUCUGGGCAUCCACGGGGGCUCCUCGAUGAUAAUGGCAGAUAAGGAUGAAUCCUCCAUGUUCUUCCAGUUUGGCCCAUCGAUUGAACAGCAGGCUUCUGUAAUGCUCAACAUCAUGGAAGAGUAUGACUGGUACAUCUUUUCUAUCGUCACCACCUAUUUCCCUGGCUACCAGGACUUUGUUAACAAGAUUCGCAGCACCAUCGAGAAUAGCUUUGUGGGCUGGGAGUUAGAGGAAGUCCUCUUACUGGACAUGUCCCUGGAUGAUGGAGAUUCUAAGAUCCAGAACCAACUCAAGAAACUUCAAAGCCCCAUCAUUCUUCUUUACUGUACUAAGGAAGAAGCCACCUAUAUCUUUGAAGUGGCUAAUUCAGUAGGGCUGACUGGCUAUGGCUACACGUGGAUUGUGCCUAGUUUGGUGGCAGGGGAUACAGACACAGUGCCCUCGGAGUUCCCAACUGGGCUCAUCUCUGUAUCCUACGAUGAAUGGGAUUAUGGCCUCCCUGCCAGAGUGAGAGAUGGAAUUGCCAUAAUCACCACUGCUGCUUCCGACAUGCUGUCCGAGCACAGCUUCAUUCCUGAGCCCAAGAGCAGUUGUUACAACACCCAUGAGAAGAGAAUCUAUCAGUCCAAUAUGCUUAACAGGUAUCUUAUCAAUGUCACUUUUGAAGGGAGGAAUCUGUCCUUCAGUGAAGAUGGCUACCAGAUGCACCCAAAACUGGUGAUAAUCCUUCUGAACAAGGAGAGGAAGUGGGAGAGGGUGGGAAAGUGGAAGGACAAGUCCCUGCAGAUGAAGUACUAUGUGUGGCCCCGAAUGUGUCCGGAGGCAGAAGAGCAGGAAGAUGACCAUCUGAGCAUUGUGACCCUGGAGGAGGCUCCGUUUGUCAUUGUGGAGAGUGUGGACCCUCUGAGUGGAACCUGCAUGAGGAACACAGUCCCCUGCCAAAAACGCAUCAUCUCCGAGAAUAAAACAGAGGAGGAGCCAGGUUACAUCAAAAAAUGCUGCAAGGGGUUCUGUAUCGAUAUCCUUAAGAAAAUUUCUAAAUCUGUGAAAUUCACCUAUGACCUUUACCUGGUUACCAAUGGCAAACAUGGGAAGAAAAUCAAUGGGACCUGGAAUGGCAUGAUUGGAGAGGUGGUCAUGAAGCGGGCCUACAUGGCAGUGGGCUCGCUCACCAUCAACGAGGAGAGGUCUGAGGUGGUUGACUUCUCUGUACCCUUCAUAGAGACUGGCAUCAGUGUCAUGGUGUCACGAAGCAAUGGGACUGUCUCACCUUCUGCCUUCUUAGAGCCAUUUAGUGCUGACGUUUGGGUCAUGAUGUUUGUGAUGCUGCUCAUCGUCUCAGCCGUGGCUGUCUUUGUCUUUGAGUAUUUCAGUCCUGUGGGUUAUAACAGGUGCCUCGCUGAUGGCAGAGAGCCAGGUGGCCCAUCUUUCACCAUCGGCAAAGCCAUUUGGUUACUCUGGGGUCUGGUGUUUAACAACUCCGUGCCCGUGCAGAACCCGAAGGGGACCACCUCCAAAAUCAUGGUGUCCGUGUGGGCCUUCUUUGCUGUCAUCUUCCUGGCCAGCUACACUGCCAACUUAGCUGCAUUCAUGAUCCAAGAGGAGUACGUGGAUCAGGUUUCUGGCCUGAGUGACAAAAAGUUCCAGAGACCUAACGACUUCUCACCCCCUUUCCGCUUUGGGACUGUGCCCAAUGGCAGCACAGAGAGGAAUAUUCGCAAUAACUACGCAGAAAUGCAUGCCUACAUGGGAAAGUUCAACCAGAGGGGUGUAGAUGAUGCAUUACUCUCCCUGAAAACAGGGAAACUGGACGCGUUCAUCUAUGAUGCAGCAGUGCUGAACUACAUGGCAGGCAGAGAUGAAGGCUGCAAGCUAGUGACCAUUGGCAGCGGGAAGGUCUUUGCUUCCACGGGUUAUGGCAUUGCCAUCCAAAAGGACUCUGGAUGGAAGCGCCAGGUGGACCUUGCUAUCUUGCAGCUCUUUGGGGAUGGAGAGAUGGAGGAGCUGGAAGCUCUCUGGCUCACUGGCAUCUGCCACAAUGAGAAGAAUGAGGUCAUGAGCAGCCAGCUGGACAUUGACAAUAUGGCAGGAGUCUUCUAUAUGUUGGGGGCAGCUAUGGCUCUAAGCCUUAUCACCUUCAUCUGUGAACACCUAUUCUAUUGGCAGUUCCGGCAUUGCUUUAUGGGUGUCUGUUCUGGGAAGCCUGGCAUGGUCUUCUCCAUCAGCAGAGGCAUCUACAGCUGCAUCCAUGGAGUGGCUAUUGAGGAGCGCCAAUCUGUGAUGAACUCCCCCACCGCAACCAUGAACAACACACACUCCAACAUCCUGCGCCUGCUCCGCACAGCCAAGAACAUGGCUAACCUGUCUGGUGUGAAUGGCUCCCCACAGAGCGCCCUGGACUUCAUCCGACGCGAGUCGUCCGUCUACGACAUCUCUGAGCACCGCCGUAGCUUCACGCAUUCUGACUGCAAAUCCUACAACAACCCACCCUGCGAGGAGAACCUCUUCAGUGACUACAUCAGUGAGGUAGAGAGAACUUUUGGUAACCUGCAGCUGAAGGACAGCAAUGUGUACCAAGAUCACUAUCACCAUCACCACCGGCCCCAUAGCAUUGGCAGUGCCAGCUCCAUCGACGGGCUCUAUGACUGUGACAACCCACCCUUCACCACCCAGCCGAGGUCCAUCAGCAAGAAGCCCUUAGAUAUCGGUCUACCUUCCUCCAAACACAGCCAGCUAAGUGACCUAUAUGGCAAGUUCUCCUUCAAGAGCGACCGCUACAGCGGUCACGAUGAUUUGAUCCGCUCAGACGUCUCCGACAUCUCUACCCACACCGUUACCUACGGAAACAUUGAGGGCAAUGCUGCCAAGAGGCGGAAGCAGCAAUACAAGGACAGCCUGAAGAAGCGGCCGGCCUCAGCCAAGUCCCGGCGGGAAUUUGACGAGAUCGAGCUGGCCUACCGUCGCCGACCACCCCGCUCUCCUGACCACAAGCGCUACUUCAGGGACAAAGAAGGGCUACGGGACUUCUACCUAGACCAGUUCCGAACGAAGGAGAACUCGCCUCACUGGGAGCACGUAGACCUGACAGAUAUCUACAAGGAACGGGGCGAAGACUUUAAGCGUGACUCGGUCAGUGGAGGAGGGCCCUGCACCAACAGGUCUCACCUCAAACACGGGACGGGCGACAAGCACAACGUGGUCAGUGGCGUGCCAGCACCCUGGGAGAAGAACCUGACCAAUGUGGAAUGGGAGGACCGGUCUGGAGGCAAUUUCUGCCGCAGCUGCCCCUCGAAGCUGCACAACUAUUCCACGACAGUGACAGGACAGAACUCAGGCAGGCAGGCAUGCAUCCGGUGUGAGGCUUGCAAGAAGGCAGGCAACCUGUACGACAUCAGCGAGGACAACUCCCUGCAGGAGCUGGACCAGCCGGCUGCCCCUGUGGCAGUGACGUCGAAUGCCUCUGCCACCAAGUACCCCCAGAGCCCAACUAAUUCCAAGGCCCAGAAGAAGAACCGGAACAAACUGCGCCGGCAGCACUCUUACGACACCUUCGUGGACCUGCAGAAGGAAGAAGCCGCCUUGGCCCCACGCAGCGUGAGCCUGAAAGACAAGGGCCGCUUCCUGGAUGGGAGUCCCUACGCCCACAUGUUUGAGAUGCCAGCUGGUGAGAGCACCUUUGCCAACGACAAGUCCUCAGUGCCCGCUGCCGGACACCACCACAACAACAACCCCAGCAGCGGCUACAUGCUCAGCAAGUCACUCUACCCGGACCGGGUCACGCAAAACCCUUUCAUCCCCACUUUUGGGGAUGACCAGUGCUUGCUCCAUGGCAGCAAAUCCUACUUCUUCAGGCAGCCCACGGUGGCAGGGGUGCCAAAAGCCAGGCCAGACUUCCGGGCCCUUGUCACCAACAAGCCAGUGGUCUCGGCCCUACAUGGGGCUGUGCCAGGCCGUUUCCAGAAGGACAUCUGUAUAGGGAACCAGUCCAACCCCUGUGUGCCUAACAACAAAAACCCCAGGGCUUUCAAUGGCUCCAGCAAUGGGCAUGUUUAUGAGAAACUUUCUAGUAUUGAGUCUGAUGUCUGAGUGAGGGAAGAGAGAGGUUAAUGGGUACGGGAGGGAUAGGGCUGUGGUCAUAUGAGGCACAUGUCAUGGAGGGGGUCGGGGGUGAACUUGGUUCCCAUUUGCUCCUUUCUUGUUGUUUUAAUUUAUUUAUGGAUCCUGGAGUUCUGAUUCCUACUGAGGGCAACCCUGGCAGCCAGCACCAUCUCUCCUCCCUUUUGCAGUUCUCUCCACCUUCCCCGCCCUGUCAGCCAUUCCUUUGCCCAUGAUGGGAUGAUGGGCUCUCUCAGCUUGGGAGGGUAGAGAAGAAAAAGAAAGGAAGUGACUGCAUGUGCGUUUCCUCCUAGCACAGAAGAACUCCCUGCCACUCAUUUUGAGGGAAGCUAGGAGAAGAGAAAGGAGGCCACGUGAGUACAAGAGUAGCUCUUCCGAAAAUGAUCUUUACACUUGGGUGAGGAAGCAGAAGCAUCUAAGUGACACCAGUUAGCAUCUGCUUGUGAAUGAAAAAGAGGCAUUUGCUAAAUUCUUGUUGCUUGGAUGACAUCUGUCUAGGGUAGAGGUGCCAAGCAGAGGGUGGGAGGCCAUGUGUGUUUAUAUAUAAGCCAAAAAAUGUUUGCUUCAAUGCCGUGGGACUCAGUGGUAAACCGCAAGGGAAGGUCAUUGGUGGAGGCAUGAGUGAAUUCCCAAACUGGAAAAGCACAUCAUAAUAGUGCCCCACCCUGCAUUAGAGGGGAGAGCAGACAGAUCGCAUGUGUCCACGUACACGUGCACUCGUGUAGCCAGCUAGGCACCUAUCAAUACAGAGAUGGUUACUGGACUCUUUCAAUAUCACUAAGCAGCGUGCUUGUUUUGGCUUAUAUACAAACAGAGAUGGUCAUGUGUGUCCUGAAUUUUGGCUGUCUCUCCCCUUUACCCUUCCUGUAAGAGGAAAGUGCAAGUUCUUAACAAAGAAGAUUCUGUGGUCUACACCAAAAGGUGGUGAACAAUCUUAUAAGAAUAGGAUAUAGAAGUAAUUCCUCCAUGAUUGCCAAUGGUUUCCACUAGUCUGGGCAAAGAACUUUUCAGGGAGGCUAAAGGGAAAUAGAAACAGCCAUGAUUCUUUUGCCUACAUUUGAGAGCAAAAGAACCUAAAAAGCUCUCUUGGGCUCUUCAGACCCUCAGCUGGCCAAGGUUUGGGGAAAAGCUAAGUAAAGCUCUGAAUAACAGGGGAGCAGUUUGAUGGUAAGGUAAGUGAGAGAGGGGGAUGUUUUCAAUGCUUUGAUCCCUUCUUACUUAACCUGGAGCUAGGAGAGCAGGCUGGUUCCCCAGAAUGGAUCACAGCUGACAUCGAAUAAACACUUGAGCUUGCCUACACAGAGUGCAACUCAGAAGGCAUGGAGGGAAGGGAAGAAAUUUGGAAUUAGGGGAGGGUAGGAGGGGAGGGACUCUUCUGCUACCUCGUUGGGUCUGGUUUUCCUAAGAAUGUGACACUAGGCCCCAUUUGGACACUCUUGGUAGAAGCCCUUCCACCUUCCUUCAACGCCUCCCUUCCCUCUCAGAGUGCGCCACUGAAGAAAUAAAAAAUGGAAAACUCCAGGGAUGAGGAUACCAGCAGCUGUGAUGCCCCCUUCACUUAAAGUUGAAAAUUUUGAGAAGGGAAAUGAGUACUUGUCACUGCCUGUCUUAAAACUUGGGGUAGGGGUGUUCUAUGAGUCAGCUCCACGGUCCUGCGAGCCCCUCCUUACACAGGGUGGCAUCCAAAGAGCCCCGGCUCUGGAAGCUUGACCACAGGAUCACCAUGUCGCACACAGGACCUAUAAACCAGAAAGGUGCUCAGUCUCCUCUGAAAGGAAGCUGCCAUGUCUCUUCAAGUCACACCCUCCAGGGCUGCUUUUUGCCUUCCAGUUUGCCCUGACUUGCAACCCUGCCUCAUCCCCUGCCCUCAACUGCUGUCCCCCACCCCCUCCUUGAUUUUUUACCUCAGUAUCUUUCAUUUUAAAGCCAACUGAAGGCCUUGUAAAGCUUUGUUUCCUUUCUAAAAUGAACCUGGGGGCAAGGGGCUGAACCUCUCAGAUUUGGAGAGAGGAGCACGGAGUGCUUUACCUUAGACUCAAGGAAAGACUGAGAGCAAGACAGAGGGCGUGAGGCAUCUCCAGGAGGAAGAAGGAGAAGGGCCAUAUAAACACUGCUUCCCCCAGACCCUGUCCAAGUGUCAGGGGCUCAUCCCCUUAACUCUUCCUCUUACCUCACCCUUUCAAAAUAAAAAACCAAACCAACUAACCUAGCGAACAGCAAUCUAGAACAAAGGGGGCUCUGUCAUUCUCCAAUAGUGACAGAAAUCAAGAUGGUGUUUAUUUCAUAUGUAAAUAUUUUGUUUUCUAAUUAAUUUUGUAUAAAGUGUCUCUUGUGAGUAUUCAGGGUGUUGGGCU